GCAUGCGCUGCAUAUUUUCCCUCUGCAGAUUUUCCUCCCCCAAAAACAUUCGUUCUUCUGAGUGUGUGUAACUUUAUGGCCAGAUACAUGAGGCCUCCAAACACGUCUUUGUUUGUCAGGAACAUCUCCGAUGAGUCCAGAAAAUGUAAAAGCAUCCAGUUGUGGAACCGGCCACAAAGAGUUACAAAGACCCGUGUAGAGUAGCUGUAAAGACAAGUGACACACAGACCUGCAGGAUCAGAGGGAGGGAAAAGGUUGAAAAGAGAAAGUAAAGCAUGAAGAGGAAAAGGGAACGGAGACAAAGCUUGGAAAUGGCGGCAAAGAAUGGGGAAAAGAAAAAGAGGUUUAAGAGGAAAAAGCAAGCAGGAAACCCAAGUCUCUCUGGGAGUCGAUUAAAGAGUGUAAAGAUCAAGAUGAAGUUCAAAGUCAAGCAUGGCCAAAGCAUGUUUGAAGAUGUGCGCGACGCGGAAGACGCUCUUCACAGCCUGGACAGGAAGUGGGUUUGUGGCCGGCAGAUCGAGAUCCAGUUUGCGCAGGGCGACAGAAAGACACCAAACCAGAUGAAAGCUAAGGAGCGACAUUCUCCAGGCAGAUCCUCCCGAUACGACGACUACGAUCGAGACAGCCGCCGCCGCCGAUCACGCAGCCGCAGCUACGACAGAUACCGAUCGCGCAGCCCUUCUUACGACCGCCGUCGCAGGCGAUCGGAGAGCCCUCGAGAGUCUCGUGGACGGAUGCACGGAAGAGGAAGAAGCAGGAGCCGCGAGGAAGACAGAUACAAGCAGAGGCCUCGGAGAGAGUCCAGAGAAAGAUCCAGAUCGGCGUCCCCGCGAGAGGCCGUCAACCCGCCGUCGACCUCCCACUACACCGAGGAGGAAGUGAGGCGUGCCCAGUCCACCUCCCGCUCCAGGUCCCGGUCGGUAUCCAGAUCACGCUCACGUUCACGCUCUCGGUCCCGGUCCUGGGCCGGACACAAAUCAGGAGGACGCUAAGCAGAACCCGUCCAACCUCCCAGAACGGGUCCUCGUUAUGAAAAGAUUCGUUUGUUUGAAUGUAACGUCCACUGAACCAUUUGUAGAAAGCUUGGUUUUUUUCUCCAUUUAAAAAAAACAAACAAAAAAAAAAACGCUGGUCCCCGGCUUGGUUUUAUAAGAAAGUAAAUAAAUCGUUUUGGUAAUCUUUCCCCGUAGGAAUAUAAACUGUGUUCAGCGGUAGCCUGACAGGAAUAAUAUAUUGUCUUUUUAUAUGCCGUUACUGAUGAUUUUGUUUUCUAAACCCUAUGCAGCCAUUUUUGCAAAAAGAAAAAAAAAACCUUCCUGAGUUCAGUAUUUUAGGAAACAAUCCGCUCUGUUGACGUUUCUGUGUGUUUUAUAACAGAUCAUGUACUCCUCGCCGAGCUGCUUUUUGACUUAAACGUGCUUCAUAUCGAUUCAUUUAAUGAUGUAAUGUGACAAAUUAUCGAUCUAAAGCACGUUUAACGUGCUUUAGAUCGAUAAUUUGUCACAUGACAUCAUUACAUAAAUCGUCACUUUACGUCAUUCAGUGGAGUUUUCCUGCAACAAUAAGAUGUGAUUUCAGCAGCUGAUGGUUUUCCAUGUCCAGUACAUGAGUGUCGGCGCUAAAACGCACAGAAACGACGCCGUGGUCCUUGAAAGUGUUAAAAGUUUCGACAAACCGUGCGACAACUCGUCUUCGUUUUGUGGUGUUUUCUCUAAGAGUCCCAAAAAAGGCUUCUCCAAAUAUCGGCUCCGAGAGGAGGUGUUUACUCGACUGUGUUUGAUGGUUUUUCAGACUGACUCGUGACGCUGCAUGUUUUAUCACUAUGUUCUAUCUUUAGUAGGAAGAAACUGUUAUUUUCUGUAAUAAAUGGAUAACAUUCAGUAUAAGAAAA